AUGACCAGUUCCACUAUUAAGAAGAUUGGCUCAGCUCCACACACACCAAAGCGAUCGCCAUUACGUGCAUCGCCAUCUCCUUCCUAUAGCCCCAACGAUGUUAAUGCCGAUGAGCUUCUUGCUCUCCUUAAGGCCAUUAAAUUUGCCCAUCCAGAAUAUGGUGUCAAGCGUGUUCACGACCAAGUUCUGACACAUGGUGAUAAAUUUGGUCGUGUUCCAUUUAAACGUGUUAAGCGUUAUUUGCACAAGUUGGGGAUCAAUUCACCUUCGGAGGAAGAUGAUAAGACCCCGCUCAAGCUUAUGACAGUCGGAGGUAUCUCCAAGUCCCUACGUGACGGCGGGGCAGAAGGGUUACAAACUACGGAUAAUAUGGUGUGGUUACCUGUGAAACUAGACGAACCAGCGUCCAAGCUCCAGGAAUUUCCAUAUCAAGCGGUGAUCCGCAUGACUACAAAUGAAGACGGAGAUGCUGAGGGAUCACUUGGUGAGAUUUACAAGAUUCAAGUAGCUAUGGAAGCUGAUGGAUCACUUAGUACGAUCCAUCCGAUGCUGGUUUACAACAAGGCCCGCUCUCGUAAAACAUUUCUGCAUCCGGAUUCACCUGCUUAUCUACCGGUGCAGAGACUGGUAAGUGCUCAAGGAACUAAAGGAGCUGUGGGUGGCUGCAAGGCGUACUUUUGGGGCCGCUAUUUCAAGAUUGAAGACAUGCUGUACAUCAAUUCGGAGAAAAUUGCACCAGCCCAGCAGUGGUAA